UCCCACCUAUAAAUUUACCCUUCGACACUCGCUAGGUUUGCCAAACUGAAAAGCCUUAGGGCACUUUUUAAGAGAUCUAUACAAACAGAAAUUGUUUAUAUAGAUCUUCACUGAAAAUGGCGAAUUCCUCUAGAAGGCCGAGUGGGCCAGUGUUGCUUAAAUCGGCGUUUGAGAGGUCAAUCUCACCUACCGGCAGGUUCUGUAACACCACCACCACAGCAACUGAUGCGAUGUCGUUCGCUUCGUACAGCAACUCUAGCUUUUAUUCCUCUCCGUCGACCGGCUGUUUCAACCGAUCGGCUUCUCCGACGCGCGUGAAUCUUCACGCUCUGGCGCCGGUGAAUUCUUCGCCUAGCGUUAGGUUCUCCAUUGACAGAUCCAUUUCUCCUCGGCGUUCCAUGGCGGUGUCUCAACGUGAUCAGGUGGUUCGGAAGCAGAUCCCGAAGAGGACGUGCUUAUGCUCACCUACGACGCAUCCUGGUUCGUUCAGGUGUAGUAUGCAUAAGAAUGUGAAGAAUACUCCUUCGAUUUCGUAUUCCCCUAGCCGAUUGAAUGCACGGAGAUCGGCGAUGACAAAUUCACUGGUGCGUAUCUGUUCUGUUGAAGGUGAUUUAGUGAAACGAGCUUUGGCUGCUCUUAUUAGGCCAUCGUCGCAUCAUCAGAGACGUCGAGGUGACUUUCAACCGCGUCCUAGCCGGCUUUCCAGAAUGUCCAAAGCUGAUAACCUGUGAAAUUUCCGUGGUAACAGGUUGGUGAUUUUCAUAUAUUAACUGAGGCUCAUCUCUUGAGAGUUUUCCGGCGGCGGCGUCUGAUCCUGGCUGCGGUUCUUACUACUCCGGUGAAAUGAAAGCUGUAGGGCAAUUUUGAUGCACCUUUGUGUUUUCCGUCGUGUUUGGCGUUCAUCGUUCCGUUUUGCGAUGGCAUUUCCCGUUCGUUCGCCGUAUAUGCGUUCGUCCUGUUUUGGCAUCUUUGCGUCAUCGUUCGAGGUUCGGCGUAUAAUUCAAAUUCUUGGACUAACGGAGAGCUGAUGCCGUGUACGUAUUUAACUACAGAUCUUCGUAAAUUUUACCUUGUCUUGGAUGACGGAGGGAGAUGGGAGACUGAAAAUGAACGUUAAAUUCAAGUGAGACAUUUGAACCUACUGGACAAAGUAACAAAAGAGGAAUCUUGUUAUUACAAUAAUGAAAAUAAUAAUAAUAGUAAAGUCUAAAAGGAGAAAUAAUAAUUUGGAAAUUAAGUAAAGGGGAAACGCCAUUAAUGAAAGCAAGAAAAUGGGAUACAGGCUGUACUGGUAUGGCCCAGUUAGAAUGCCAGUGGUCCUAAGCAUGAACUUUCCCGAACAUUGUGAAGUUACGGUAUGAUUAAAAAUAGCUGGAGGUUAGUUGGCAUAUUGAGGGAAAGAUAGGAAAUGAGGAAUGAGUCCAAAAAAAGGGAGGUCUUGAGUAGUUCCUACUUCAUGAUCCAGUCCCUUUUUGUUCAUAUUCAUUCACACUCCCAUUUAAUAUCCACCCUAUAUAUACCAAAAACUAGUGACACAGAGUGCCAAGGAGAGGACUUGGAAAACGAAAGUUUUUUAUUAUCAACCUAAACAUGACACCAUUGGAAUGGUUGCCACACUGCCACUCUAUUUGUUAAUAUCCAUUAAUAUUUCUUGCAAGAAAUCUACAAUUAUUUUAAACCUAAAGUAACACUUAUUGGUCAUGAUUCAACUGUAUUUGACAUAAUUCUUUUAUAAGUUAGAUUUCAACCAUUACCUAAAGAUCUUUAGCAACCACAUAACUCAUUCACCUUGUAAAAAGCUUGUUGACCUAGAAAAGACAUAAGAUAAUGCUCACAAAAUUUCCAAGGAAGUUUUAUAAAGGUGUUUGGAGUUUAAAGGUGUUCUCUUUUGGCUUAUAAUAAAGCAAUUAAAGACAUUUUAUGAUGGAGCCAAAGAUUUGGAUAGGAAUUGUGAGAGGUGAUUAUUAAAACAUUUUUCUAUCAUGACGAGGUUGCACGAGGGAUCUACCCUUAGUAUGUUAGGAUGAAUUAACGUGGUGUAUUUAAGGAGAGGUGUCAUGAAUAUGUAUGAUAUUCGCUAAUGACAUAUUAUUUAUCAACCAAACGUGCAGUUGAGUUAGCGAUAGGUUGGAAGUUUGGACACGGUCCCUAGAUCUAAAGGUGUCAAAUUACAUGACUAAAACAAAGUACAUGGAGUGCAAGUUCAAUGGUGUAACACAUGAAAACAGAGGUGGAAGUGAAGAUUAAUAUACAAGUCAUACCCGGAAGAGGAUGUUUCAAGUAUCUUGGGUCAAUAAUCCAAGAAAACGAAAAAUAUUGAUGAUGACUCACACGUUGUAUUGGAGUGGAAGGGUGAAUUGGAGGUUUGCUUUCGGCAUACUAUGUGAUAAGAAUGUGUCACUAGAGCUUAAAGGUAAGUUCCGUAUAGUAAUGGUUAGACCUACUUCGUUGUAUGAGGAUAGAGUGCAGGCGAAUCAAGAACACGCAUGUUUAAAAGAUGAAAUUAGCAGAUAUGAGGAGGAUGCUCAGAUGCGUGUUUAGCAUACUAAGAGAGAUAAGAUUAGGAACAAAGUUAUACAAGAUAAGGCGGAAGUUAGUGACUACUAUGGCAGACAAGAUGAGGGAAGAAAUUAAGAUAGUUCGGACAUGUGAAGAGGAGGUGUGCGGAUGCACCAAUAAAAAGGUGUGAGAGGCUGACUAUGAGAACACACCGUUUCUGCGAAGAAGGUAUGUAAGACAGAGGUUUCCUAACAAACGAUAUUCUCCUUCUCUUGAUUACUUGUUACUAACAGAUUCAGUCAGCUUAGCUGUUUUGAUAAGGCAAUGCAGGUUGAUAGCAAGUUCAAGUGGAUUGAGGAAAUGAUGAAGUGUACUCACUCCACAUAAAUCAAAGUUGGGGGUUGGUCAAACUACCAGAAGGGAAUAAGACAAUCCAGAAUAAUGUAUGUACAGGAUGAAACAGAAGCAUAAUAGUUCAAUGAAAUAUAAAGCAAGGUUGGUAAUAAAAGGUUUUCAACAAAAGGCAUGUAUCAAUUUACUGAGAUUUUCUCCCUUGUGAUUAAAUUACCUACUAUUCGAGUUGCUUUAGAAUUGCUGUAGCAUAAGAUUUAUAUUUAGAGCAUUUAGAUGUAAGGACAGCCUCUCUUUAUGAUGAUCAACAUGAAAGACGUGUAUGCGUAGCAACCUGAAGUGUACAUACAGGCUGAUAAGAAAAAUAUGGUGCGUAGACUGAAGAAGAGUCUCUAUGGUUUGAAACAAGCACCAAGACCAUACUUAAAGUUUGGCAGGUUUAUGAUGACUAUUGGCUUACUUGGUAUAAUGAUGAUCACUGUUCUUACUUCAAGAAAUUUAUAAAUUCGUACAUCACUUUGCUCCUGUAUAUGGAUGAUAUGUUGGUGACAGGUUAAAACAUGUGUGGGAUCACAAAACUGAAGGAGCAAAUGUCUAGUGAAUUUUUUGAUAAAGAAUUUGGGACUGGAAAUUGAAAGAGACAGGUUGAAGCUGAGUCAGAAGAAAUAGAUUGAAAAAAUAAUUCUUAAAGAGGCUAAACAUUUGGGAUGCCAAGUUGGUGCACUUCAAGAAAAUCUGAAAGCAAGUCCUUUGGCAGGUCACUUGAAUUGGGAUUGUUUUUGGCAAGCGUAGAAGUUAACUUUGUUUGAAAGAAAGAAUCUUGAGACACAGGUUUCAUAGAGGAGCAGAUUACAAAGUGUUGCUUUAUUGCAGAAGUUGAUUUGGUGAGCUCCACCCUUCACCGUGGAAUUUCUUCUUUUUUCAGUUAGAAUUUUUUUUAAUUCAGUUUUUGGGGAAUAGCCAGAAAAUUUGUGUUCUGUGCAUUCCCUUUAGCGCUCCAGUAGAAAGUGUCGGCUCUUGGUUGAAGCCGGUAAAUCAAACACUAUUUGGGGCCUUUAUUUUCAAUAUAGUAGUAGGUUUAUUCUUACUAUUUUAUAAAGAAAUUUUAAAUUAAAACUUG